AGAAGAAAAAAAAACAGAGAAAGGGGAAAAAAGAGGAAGAGAAAAAAAAAAAAAAGGAAAAGGGAAAACAAGGGGAGGGGUGGAAUCACAUGGGCAUUAGUUUGUUGUCUCUCCCCUGGGUCCUCUCUCCUCUUCUCUUCUAAUUAUUCUUCUUCUUGUUCAUCAUCAUCUUCGCUUUUCUUUUUUUUUUUGUUCUUCUAUCGCCAUGAUCUACCGUUACUCUUUCUCCAAUUAGAUCUUUGUUUUUGAUUUUUUGUUUUGUUUUUCUUUUGCUCGACAUGGCUGACGAUAAGGAAAUGUCUGCCCCUGUUGUUGAUGGGAACGAUCCGGUCACCGGUCACAUCAUUUCUACAACGAUUGGAGGUAAAAAUGGAGAACCUAAACAGACCAUCAGCUAUAUGGCAGAGCGUGUAGUAGGGACAGGAUCAUUCGGGAUUGUUUUCCAGGCAAAAUGCUUGGAAACAGGAGAGACUGUGGCUAUAAAGAAGGUUUUGCAAGAUAGAAGAUAUAAGAAUCGUGAACUGCAAUUGAUGCGUGUCCUGGAUCAUCCGAAUGUGAUUUCCUUGAAGCAUUGUUUCUUUUCCACGACAACAAAAAAUGAGCUUUUCCUUAACUUGGUUAUGGAAUAUGUACCGGAGAGCAUGUAUAGGGUUUUGAAACAUUACAGCAGUGCUAAUCAAAGAAUGCCACUUAUCUAUGUGAAACUUUACACAUACCAGAUAUUCAGGGGUCUUGCAUACCUCCAUAGUGUUGUUGGAGUUUGCCAUAGGGAUUUGAAGCCUCAAAAUCUUUUGGUUGAUCCUCUGACUCACCAGGUUAAGAUUUGUGAUUUUGGAAGCGCAAAAGUGCUUGUCAAAGGUGAAGCUAACAUUUCAUAUAUAUGUUCUCGUUUCUAUCGGGCUCCAGAACUUAUAUUUGGUGCCACUGAAUACACAACCUCAAUCGAUAUCUGGUCAGCUGGUUGUGUUCUUGCUGAACUUUUGCUGGGCCAGCCAUUGUUUCCUGGAGAGAAUGCUGUGGACCAGCUUGUAGAGAUUAUCAAGGUCCUUGGUACACCCACUAGGGAAGAAAUUCGCUGCAUGAAUCCCAGUUACACGGAUUUUAGGUUUCCACAGAUUAAAGCGCAUCCAUGGCAUAAGGUUUUUCAUAAAAGGAUGCCUCCUGAAGCAAUUGAUCUCGCAUCACGACUGCUGCAAUACUCACCAAGUCUUCGCUGUACAGCUCUUGAAGCAUGUGCACAUCCCUUCUUUGAUGAGCUUCGAGAACCUAAUGCUCGCCUACCAAAUGGGCGACCAUUACCACCACUUUUCGACUUUAAACAGGAAAUGGAAUGUGAUGGCAAUCCCACAUCUUUUUCUCAAGAAAAGCCGACAUGAUGAACAAGUUGGAAUGCUGGAAUGCAUGUCAAUUUUCUCUUGGGAAAUAAGAGAGGAACAUGACUCAUUGGCCAUUGCCUGUAAGUGAGCCGGAGGGAAAAAAAAAGUACAAAGGUAGAACAGAUAUAAACCUGAUUGUCGGUGCCGUUUGGUCUUUUGUUGGGACAUGAUUGGAUUACGAAUAUAGGCAUAGUAGAAAAGAUCUAAUGAUAUUUUUGGGUGCAUGAUUUUGUCAAAAAGAAGAUGCUCUUAGCCUUAAGGUCCCAUGCGUCAAUAAUUACGAUCAUUUUGGUCGUCAAAAGAAACUGAGCUGGCUCCCUGCUUCAGUGUUUCCUACUUAAUUGAUUUUGAUUGAGGCCCUUGUGCCCAUGCCA